AGCUACAAAAUCCGUUCAGAAGACAGUUCGCACCAUGUAUCGCCUGUGUCUACUCACAUUGAUUGUGGGCCUCACGUCUGCUCAAGAAUUAUCCGGCUGUGGUGGUGAUAGAUAUUUGACUGGAACUACCGGAAAGUUCUGGUCUCAUGAAGACUUUGACGGAACGACCCAAUACCCUAAUGAUGCUUCAUGCCAGUGGAAUAUAGAUGUACCUGACCCCACACAGUUUGUAGAACUUACAUUCAACCACUUUGACGUCGAGGGUUCCAGCUUAUGCCGAUAUGACGGCCUGUUUUUAUACGACGGAACAAGCGAUGCUGCUCCCAUUAUGAUAAGACUCUGUGGUCAUCACAUUCCAUUUCCAGAAGUUACCACUGGGCCUUCGAUGUACGCUACUUUCACAAGCGAUUUUAUCAUCAGGUGGACUGGAUUUGAAGCUGUUUACAACCAACGUGCAACACAACCAAAGACCUGCAGUGAAGAUAUGUUUCUAUGUGGACGGGAUGAUACAAGCGAUUGCGUGACCUUUGUCGAACGAUGCGAUGACAAAUACCAAUGUGAAAUUGAUGAAAUGGGAUGUCCUGGUAACGUUGUGAACUGCGGUGAACCUGCUAUUCCUCCAAACACGGAAGUCAGUAUUCAAGUUGUGAAUGGAACCGAAGCUGUGCCCCACAGCUGGCCAUGGCAGAUCAGUUUACAUAACAAUAAAGGACAUUCCUGUGGAGGGUCAAUUCUUAAUGAUAGAUGGAUAAUCACAGCUGCCCACUGUGUUUUUGGGUCAGUUAAUCAGAUCUAUAUAUUCGAUAUUGUUGCCGGUGAGCAUAAUCUGACAGACCCAGCACCUUCAAGGGCAGAGUAUGCGGUCGAUAAAAUAAUCAUACACGAGAACUACGAUGCCUCUACCUUGGAUAAUGAUAUUGCACUUCUUAGAACCAGAACUCAAAUCACCAUGACUGAUGAAAUAAGUGAAGUAUGUUUACCUGCACAAGACCGGCCAUAUGAAGAUAUGGACGAGGCGUGGAUCACUGGAUGGGGUGACUCUAUGGGGACCAGCGACGAGCGCGCCUUGCAGCAAGCAAGAACCCAACUCUUAAACACAUCAAAAUGUAAUCAUCCCGAGUCCUACAACGGAGAAGUCACCGAAAACAUGAUUUGUGCGGGAUAUUUUGAAGGUGGUAUUGAUACUUGCCAGGGUGAUAGCGGCGGUCCUCUAGUUAUUGAAGAUCCUACAACUCAAAAAUGGAUUCUUUACGGUUUAACGAGCUGGGGAUAUGGUUGCGCUGAACCCAAAAAACCAGGCGUAUAUACAAAAGUUAGUAAAUUCGUCGAUUGGACGAAUAACGUUAUGCUGACAAACCCAUGAGAUUAGAUAUUACUUGAGGUAGAGAACUUCUCAAACCAAAAGGUUAUUCAAUACUCUUCCACAACUGUAUCGUAUUAUAUGUAUUAAAUUUACUUUUAAAA